AAGAACAUUUUCCCUUUAUUCUUCCCUGUUGCACAGUGACAGGUUAUUAAAUGUAUAUGUAUUCUGAGGUGAAAACUGCUAUGGCAGUUUAAAAUUUCUUCUUUAUAUAUUUUGAGUCUUUUGUUGGCGGAGGACAGGUAAAUAAAUGGUUUGGCUUCUUCAAAGUUCCUCACCUUCCUGCCUUACCCUACCCCCAUGAGAAAAUUGGCAUUAUUUUACUUUGCUGCAGAAUUGGCUAAUGUCAUUUUAUAGGGACCUUUCACUUUUGUGAUUCUCCUUCCUUCCCUACCAGGAAAGAAUGCAAUACUUAAGUCACACUGCCUCCAAGACAUCUGAUGCUUUCACAGUCUUCCUUAGCACAACUCUGUUAAGCCCAAAUUUCUUUUUGUAAAGAUUCUCAUGGGGCAGCAGUGGUUACAGGUGCUACAGAUACAAAUAGGAAGGAACAAGGAUUUUGAGGCCCUUUAGGAAAGGGGUGAGUUGAGGGGAUCCUAGUUGCUGCAGAGGGGAAAGGUAUGUCAGUGAUUAUGAAUGUAAUUGGUGGGGGGAGAAAACGACGAAUUAUAGCAGUGGUGUCCCUGUUGAGGAAAUUAAGAAGCAGAAGAAGCGGGGAGACUGUUUUCAGUUUCAGUUUCUUAAUUUCAAUUGUUUUCUUUUGGAGACCUGUGUUGAAGCACCUUCAUUCCCUCUGAAGUACUGGUAUCAUAUCUAAAGUUGUCAUUAACUGGAUUUUAUAAUUAAAAACAAAUAAUACAGUGGAGUUUUCUCUAUUUAUGCCCUUAUAAUGUUUCUAGGUUUAUUCUGUUGAUGCUUAGUAACAUGAUGAAAAACUGAGCAGUUGUGCUCUCUGAGUUUGUGGGUUGGGGGUUUGUUUUGUUUUGAGGGAAGUACUUAAGCCAAUUUAAAUAUGACUGAGGAUUAAGUCUGGCAGGCAACUCUUUGUAUUUUAUAUUAGACUUCAAAAUCUUUUCUUCUUCUUCUUCUUCUUUUUUUUUUAAAUCCAGGAGAAUGCUUUAUUGCAACUUUUAGCUGACUAGAUGCUUAACUUAGUAACAAGUUUAGCCCUUGUAACUGGCUAGCUAAAAGCAAAUCGGCUUGUUUCUCAGAUCUUUGGGGGAUAGCAAGAAACAUUUGAGUGAAUGUUGUUGAAGAUUUUCAGUAGUAUAGAAAAUGAUGGCGCUCUUGUGAUAUUUGUAAGUACAAGCAAGGAUUUGGCACAGACAUCCUAUUUCAUGGCUACCAACAGUCUACAUCUUACCACCUUCUGUCUUCAAUACAAACCAACGGUGAUAGCGUGUGUAUGCAUUCAUUUGGCUUGCAAAUGGUCCAAUUGGGAGAUUCCUGUGUCAACUGAUGGAAAACAUUGGUGGGAAUAUGUGGAUCCUACAGUUACUUUAGAGUUAUUAGAUGAGCUAACACAUGAGUUUCUACAGAUAUUGGAGAAAACGCCUAGUAGGUUGAAGAGGAUUCGAAACUGGAGGGCCAAUCAGGCGGCUAAGAAACCAAAAGUAGAUGGACAAGUAUCGGAAACGCCACUCCUUGGUUCAUCUUUGGUCCAGAAUUCUAUUUUAGUAGAUACUGUUAGUGGUGUGUCUGCAAACCCAAGUUUUCAGAAACCAUCUACAUCAGCAUUCCCUGCACCAGUACCUCUAAAUUCAGGAAAUAUUUCUGUUCAAGACAGCCAUACAUCUGAUAAUUUGUCAGUGCUAACAACAGGAAUGCCAAGUACCUCAUACAGUUUGUCAUCGCACCAAGAAUGGCCUCAACAUCAAGAAUCAGCAAGGACAGAACAGAUAUAUUCACAGAAACAGGAGACAUCUUUGUCUGGUAGCCAGUACAACAUUAACUUCCAGCAGGGACCUUCUAUAUCACUGCAUUCAGGAUUACAUCACAGACCCGACAAAAUAUCUGAUCAUUCUUCUAUUAAGCAAGAAUAUACGCAUAAAGCAGGGAGCAGUAAGCACCAUGGACCAAUUUCUGCUACUCCUGGAGUUAUUCCUCAGAAAAUGUCUUUAGAUAAAUACAGAGAAAAACGCAAGCUAGAAACCCUCGAUCUGGAUGUCAGGGAUCAUUAUAUAGCUGCCCAGGUCGAACAGCAACACAAACAUGUGCAGUCACAGGCAACCAGCAGCAGUUCUGUAACUUCUCCCAUUAAAAUGAAAAUUCCCAUCACAAAUGCAGAAAAACCUGAAAAAUAUAUGGCAGACAAGAAGGAAAAAAGUGGAUCACUGAAAUUACGGAUUCCAUUACCACCCACUGAUAAAAGUGCCAGUAAAGAAGAACUAAAAAUGAAAAUAAAAGUUUCUUCCUCAGAAAGACACAGCUCUUCUGAUGAAGGCAGUGGGAAGAGCAAGCACUCCAGUCCACAUAUUAGCAGAGACCACAAAGAGAAGCACAAGGAACAUCCUUCAAAUCGCCACCACCCCAGCAGUCACAAGCAUUCCCACUCACAUAGUGGCAGCAGCAGUAGUGGCAGUAAACACAGUGCUGAUGGAAUACCACCCACUGUUCUGAGGAGUCCUGUUGGCCUGAGCAGUGAUGGCAUUUCCUCUAGUUCCAGCUCUUCAAGGAAGAGGCUGCAUAUCAAUGAUGCAUCUCACAACCAUCACUCCAAAAUGAUCAAAGGUUCCAAAAGUUCAGGUAGUUCAUCUAGUUCUUCCUCCUCUGUUAAGCAGUAUAUAUCCUCUCACAACUCUGUUUUUAACCAUCCCUUACCCCCUCCUCCCCCUGUCACAUACCAGGUGGGCUACGGACAUCUCAGCACCCUCGUGAAACUGGACAAGAAGCCAGUGGAGACCAACGGUCCUGAUGUCAAUCACGAGUACAGUACAAACAGCCAGCAUAUGGACUACAAAGACACAUACGACAUGCUGGACUCGCUGUUAAGUGCCCAAGGAAUGAACAUGUAAUCAUUUGUUUAGGUCAAUUUUUCCUUUACUUUUUUAAUUUAAAAAUUGUUAGAAUGGAAUCCUGAUAUAGCAGUGGUAACGCCUGCUAUUGCUGCCACUGUUUCAAUAUUUGUAAGUGCUGCUUUAUUCUUCAUUCUGAAAAGAAGAGAUUAUAGUAAACAAGUCUUUAUCUCCACAUAUGAUAGUGUUAUAAAUACUGUAAAAGCAUGGAAGGUGCAAAACUCAGUAUUUCUACAAUUGCAGCUAAGAACAUUUAAGAUGAAUGGCUGGCUGCUUCUAGGAAUAUAAGAUGCCUCAAGCAUUUGUUAUUUAUAAUUUGAUUACUGUAGCUAUAUUUUUUUGUUGUUGCUUGGCUUUUGAAUGAGUGUAAAUUGUUUUCUUUUGUGUAUUUAUACUUGUAUGUAUGACUUGCAUGUUUCAAUGUUAAAGGGAUAAAACAGUAUACUGAAAACUGUUUACAAGAAAGUGGAGACAAAUGUACAUACAUUUUUGUAUGUUUAGAUAUUACCAUAAAUACUCAGGAUUGGAGCUGCUUGUAAGUAUAACAAUAUACAGAAUAACUUUAUUUUAUCUUGUCAGAGUCCAUCACUAAUCUAAAACAAAGGUGGCACUUUUUCAUGUUAACCUUAAACUCUAGGCCUUACUGGAAGCCUCUGAAGGGGGACACGUCACUACCAUAUGGCUAUGCAGUGCCACAGAUGGUCAUUUACACUGUGAGGCACUGAACUUUUGCCUUCAGAGGUUCUGACCAGAUUGGCUGCUGAAAUAGUCCCUAAUUUUCUAAAGGCUUGAAGAGGAAAAAAUAAAGUUUACAUACUUUGGAUGUGAAGUGCAGUUAAAUGUUUGUUGAUUUGUUACAGUACUAUUACACAGAGCUGUUAAUAAUGGUAAUGCAGAUUACUGUGAUUUGAAAACUAAAUUCACAAAACGUACAUAGUGAAAAAUUAGUUAGUUUUUUCUUAAAGAACUUUAACACUACGUAAUUUAACAGUAAACGAGAAUCGUGUUUCCUUUAGCAAUCAGGAUGACACCAUAUUCUUAAACAUACUCCUCCCCUAAGGUGUGUUUGUGUGUGAUGCCAUAUUUCUUUUUCAGGUAAAUGCAGUCUUCCUUAUAAAAAUAAAAUUAAACCUAUUGCUCUCUCAGUUCUUUUAUAUUCUAACAAUAAAUUAAAAAAAAAAGAUCACUGUGCAUUGUACCUGUAUUUAUAGCUUAUCAGGAACCUCUGAGGAAAAAAUUUAAAAAAGGUCAGCCUCCAGGUAAACAGCUGGUGGAGGUUUUACCUUUGUUUGCACAUCUCAGUGUAUUCCUGUUGAGGUCAAAUUGGCACAGUCAUCUGACUUCUGAAUAAACGAUAGACAUUAACUCGUUUAAAUUUUGUCUUAAACGCCAGUAAUAGGCUUUGGUUUAUCAGUGAGUCUUGUUUUCUGUGGUAAAUCUUUGAGCUGUUGAGUAUCUUUGAGAUGGGUUGAAUUCAACUUCUAUUGAACUGAAAGCUGUCUUAACUUUCCCUCUAUGUAUAUGAAUUAUUAUUGUUAAAAAAAAGCCACUGAUAUGUGCACAAUUGUAAUUUUACUCGAGUAUGUUGCAGUUGUAAAUAUUAGAGUUUAAUCUUGUGCUCUACUUUUAUUUAGAAAUUACCUACUUUGCGAGUAGCUUUAUAAUUUUUUAAAGAUAAUUGUUCGUUAUUUUGUCAAUGUUAGUUGAAUUUAAGAUAAUAGGAGCCUCUUUCUAAGGACUUUGCCUAGCUAGCAUGUCCUAACCUUUGUUCUUGUCUUGCAUAACUUUAGUAAUCUUUGUCAUUAUGUGUAACUUUAUUGUUCUGUAUGGCAUAUUAUUGUAUCCACAAACCUGAUAAUUUCGAUACAGUUAUACUUUGACAGUGGUACAUAAUCCAAGAACUAGUAUAGAUAGAAUUAAGCUGAGGGCAAAAUGAGGGAGGGAAGGGUUUUGUUCUUGGUAAUUUAGAUGUGAAACCUCUAAGGAGCUAUCAUGUGAAGCUACAUAGGGUGGUUGUGCUACUGUAUACUUAGGGAUGAUAAUACCAGGAAUUUUAAUAAGAUUUUGUAAAAAAAAUAUCCAGAAAAUUAGUGAACUUAUUUUCAGUAUGACAGAAAAAAAAUGUGAAUAUUUAAGGUCUGUGACUAUACUUAAACUUUCACAAAGAAUUUGCAGAAUUGUUUUGAGAUGUGGGAAUAAAGGUAAUUUUGUUGAAUCUUUAUUGGUGCUAAUGAUGGACAGUUAAAAGGUAGCUAGUGUAUAUUGUUAUGGGUCAGUACUUAUUAGUACUUCCAAAAUUGAAUUUGAAUUGCUAUGUAUACACUUUUCAUUCUGUAAAUGUAAAUCUUUACAAUGACUUUAUUUAUUAAAGGGCAGCCAGUUGUAAUUUUUACAGGA